UGUUAGCUGGCCAGCAAUAUCAGCACAACUGCCAAUUAAUGAUUAAACGGGAUUGCCAAGUUGGAGAAGCGUUCAGAAGGAGCCAAGCCGAGCCAUGGCACACACACUGGAAGCCUCCCCCCGCCACCUGAUGCACCAAUUUUGGGAGGAACACUCGCAGGAUUCCUCGCUGCAGGAAAUGAUGCUGGAUUCGGGAGUGCGGGAACUCACUCUGGAAGACACUCCUGAGAUUCUCAGCCUCCUGCCUUCCUCGGAAGGACAAGAUGUGUUAGAACUGGGAGCCGGAAUAGGCCGAUUCACAGGACCUCUGGCGGAAUUAGCCCAUCACGUUACAGCGGUUGAUUUUAUGAAUAGCUUCCUGAACCGGAAUCAGCAAGAAAAUGGGCAUUGGACCAACAUAACGUUUUUACAGGCUGAUGUUACCAACUUGGAAUUGCCAAGCCAGAGUUUUGACCUCAUCUUCUCCAACUGGCUAUUUAUGUACCUCUCGGAUGCCGAGCUGAGCGCUCUGGCCCAGCAGAUGCUUCGGUGGCUUCGACCGCAGGGCCAUAUUUUCUUCCGUGAAUCAUGUUCCUACCAGUCAGGAAACAGCCCAAGGAGUUUUAACCCUUCAUUGUACAGAAAGCCUGCAGAAUACAACCAUCUGCUCACUUCAGCCCGAGCCACAGUUGGAAACCAGUCCUAUGGCUUUGAGAUUGUCCUCUCCCGGUCGGUGCAGACUUACAUAAAGAGAAAGCAAAACCAGAAUCAGAUUUGCUGGCUUCUCCAAAAAGCCCCCUGGGAUCUCAAAAAUGGGCUUGGAUAUGACACGUUCCAGAAAUUUCUAGACAGCGAACAGUAUGCCGCUCGGAGCAUCCGGCGCUACGAAUGGAUCUUCGGACCUGCGUUCGUCAGCGUGGGUGGCUUGGCUACCACCAAGGAGCUGGUUUGCCUGCUGGAUUUGAAACCCGGUCAAUGUGUGUUGGAUGUGGGCUGUGGACUUGGGGGUAGCGAUUUCUACUUGGCUAAGGAAUUUGGGGUGGAAGUGUUAGGCCUGGAUCUUUCAUCCAACAUGGUGAAACUGGCCUUGGAACGGGCGCAGAAAGAACCCAGUUUGUUGGUCCAGUUUGAAAUCAGCGACGUGACCCGAAGAAGGUUCCCACAGGCCUCCUUUGAUAUUGUGUACAGCCGAGACACCAUCCUGCAUAUAGAAGAUAAAAUUAGCCUUUUCCAGCAGUUCCUGUCAUGGCUGAAGCCAGGCGGGCAGCUUCUGAUCUCCGAUUAUUGCUGUGGGCUACGUCCGUGGUCCAAAGGUUUCACCGAAUAUGUCGAGCAGAGGAAGUACAGCCUGCUGACCCCUGAAGACUAUGGACAGGUAUUGCGAGAGGCUGGAUUUGUGCAGGUCAAAGCUUUGGACUUGACCGAACGGAUGCUGUCUGCACUGACCCAAGAGCUUCAAGAACUGGAGACAAGCCGGGAGAAAUUUGUUCAGGAGUUCUCAGAGGAUGAGUUUAAGUCCAUGGCUUCCGGGUGGGAAAAGAAACUGCAACGCUGUGCCAACGGAGACCAGCGCUGGGGAGUCUUCCUUGCGCAGAAGCCACAGUAGAACCGGGCAGAGUCCACAUGCCCACCCACCACUGGCCCUCUCCAACACCCUUCUGAACUUCCAGCUUUUAAUAGCAACUCCAGAUGUGAACGGCCUGGCUUGGUUUCCCAGGUGGUCCCACUGAUUUGCAAGUCCCACCGGCUUUCCUUGGGAACAGGGGUUGGAGAAGACACAUCUUCCCACUCCACAAUGUUGCUGGCCCUUUUAGCAGAUGGUUGGGGCUGAGUUCCAGGAUGGUUGGCAAGUGGGAGUUUAUUGCUCUGCAACUCCCUCCUUUCCACCCAUCUGUUUUUCUUUUCGUUGCGUUGCUUCCUUCCAAACUCCAUCCCAAAAUUAGUAGAGUGCAAAGAAUGUCACGCCUGUGCCAUCUCAGCUUGGGUCUUGGCAGAUGAAGAAUCCUGCAGAACUCCAAAGAUUACACAGUUGUCCUUUUUCCUGCCAAACUGUCCUAAAAAAAGGACUGUUGUCCUCUGGAUUUUAGAUUCCCCCCCCCCCAGAUUCAUAGAGUUUCAUUUGCUCCUGCCUGCAAGAGCAUGGGAUUUGCUGCUAAUCCUGUUUUUCUCAACAUGACUCAGGAUCCAGUUGGUUUUAUGCUUUAGAAGUGUUUUCUAUGUACUUUGCCCUCAACCACCCAUCCCGCCAGUUGUAGUGACUGGUGGAGGCAAAUUCCUGUUGGUGGGUUCUAAAACUGAGAGAAAUAGGGAGGAUUUGGAAUUCCAAACACUGGAUCUCUUUCCCUGCAAUGUUUAUCAUUGUUUAGGAUCGGGGAAGGAUUUUAAUAAAAUCAAUUCUCCUCUA